AACUGGUUUGUAAAGGUGUGCGCGUGUGCGCGUCGCGCGAAGCCUCCUGAAGACGUUAUGUGGAAAAAUUCUAUUUUAUAGCACACGAUAAUUUGUACUUUUUUGUUAUCAGUGUUACUCAGAACUACACAGGCCAUCGAUUUUUCCGAAACUAGACGUAUAUUAUAAUUUCUACAAGCCACAGUUUUCCCCGGUAAUUUAACAUAACCUCUAACUCUAAUGACAGUUUGUUAUUGAACACAUUGAAUAACAAAUUUGAAGUCAUGCCCCCGAAAGAUACAAAAACGAAAAAGCAGAAUAUCUGCUGUGUUGUCAAUUGCCAAAGUAACUUUACCAAUGUAUUACCAGGCACGCAAUUUUACCGCUUCCCUUUAGCUAAAUAUAAAUUACCACGUCGAGAAAAGUGGAUUACUGCAGUGAGAAAACAAAAUCCAGAUGCAUCAUCUUGGCAGCCAAAUGAAAACACACGUAUUUGCAGUCAACAUUUUGUUGGAAAUAAAAAAUCGGAACAUCCCUUAAGUCCGAGUUAUAAUCCAACAAUUUUCUCUGAUGAUAAUAAUAGAUGUACGAUUGCGGAAGAAAUGGCUACUGCAAGGUUCGAACGAAACCUAAAAAGAAGAGCCAGUUCAGAGUUGAUUCGUUCAUCAAAAAAAUGUCCAGCUGAAAGCCUUCAGUCAGAAGAGAUCGCUGAAGUUCCGAUUCCCCAAGAAAUUUCAGAGCAAACAGUUCAGCCUUCAGUUCAAAUAAUCCAAGACAAUGUCGAAAUUUCGCAUCUACAAAAAACUGAUCAGAGUGUUCAGGUCCAUUUUCCCGAAGAAGAUGAGACAGAUUGUAAAAUCUUUGUUUGCAUUAAAUACAAUAACAUGAUCACUUGUGAUGCCGAAACUCAAGCUUUUAUUCCACCGAAUGCCGAAAAUUGCAAUAAAGAGAGAAGAAAAUAUUGUGAAAGUGAUUUUCUCGAGGAAUAUAAGCCUGAUAAUACGCAGAGCAGCGAAGUUGAAAAUACAAGAAUUUUUAAAUGCACAGCUGAAUUUGGCGAAAUGUCUUCCAUUUCCGACUUUAGAUAAAACAGCUAUUUGUUGCUCUUCCGUGAUGAUGUUGUGUUGAUUCUCUACGUUUUCUAGUCGGUUUAUAAUCUUAUUGUGAAAGAUGAGAUUGUCAGAAUCUUGAAAAUGUAACCAAUUCUAUACAAGUGUUAUUUGUGAUAUCCGUGAAUAAAUGGUCUGAA